AUGUCCUUAUGUGGAAGCUUUCUGUCAGACGAGCAGUUCCUGUGCUCCAUCUGCCUCGAUGUGUUCACCAAUCCUUCAUCCACACCGUGCGGCCACAGCUUCUGCAUGGCCUGCAUCUGCAGAUACUGGGACGGAUCUAAGGUUUGCCUGUGUCCUCUGUGUAAGAAAACCUUCCUGAAGCGACCAGAGCUCCAGAUCAACAGGACGCUGCAAGAGAUCACCAACCAGUUCAGGUCCAUGACAGGGGGGGGAGGAAUACCAGAGGAUUUAUUUGAUGAAUUGAAGAAGAAGCUGCCUCGAGCUUCACUAAAAUCACAAAAGACGUUACCCUGUAAGACUUCAGCUUCCUUCGAUCUUUCCUCCGGUGAGUCCAUCCCGACAGUCACAACGCCACUGGCUUCUUCGGUACCAAACCAAAGUCCGAUCGCCGCCAUGACAAACCCCUCCGGACCUCAUGGGCCGCCGCCCUCGUACUCCUGCUCCAGCAGCCGGAGAAGGUUCACCAUGAGUGGGGCUGCGAGCAGCUGGAGCCUCCCCAUCUGCGAGAUGCACCACAGAGGAAUAAUGAUCUACUGCAGGACAGAUGGAGAAUGUAUCUGUCCUGAAUGUGAGAGCGAGGAGCACGAGGGUCACGACACAGCGACUCUGGAAGUCCAGUGGAUGGAAACCAAGGACAGGCUGAGUGUGUCGCAGCAGGAGAUCCAGGAGAUGAUCAGACAGAGAAUCAGGAAGAUCGAGGAGAUCAGACUGUCAGCGACUGAACUGGAGCUGGUGGUGGAGCGAGAGACGGCGGGCAGCGUUUCCCUGUUUUCUGAGCUGGUGUCUGCCAUCGAGCGCUCCCAGGCAGAGCUGAUGGAGGUGAUGGAGAUGAGCCGGAGGGCGGCAGAGCACCAGGCCGACGCCAUGAUCCGACAGAUGGAGAUGGAGAUUGAAGAACUGCGAAGGAGAGAAAGUGCCCUCGCCGAGCUCGCCCUCUCAGAAGACCACAUGCACUGUGUGAAGACGUUCUCCACACUCUCCACUCCUCCACCUGCCAAAGACUGGUCCGGGGUGUCGGCGACCUCUGACCUGGGAACAGGAACCGUCUACAGGUCACUAGCAGCUGUGGUGGAGAAGUUCCAGGAGGAGCUGAAGAUCAUCGCAGAGACAGGUUUUCCUCCCUCCGUCCUGGAGCCCAGUCCGGUCCGACCACAGCCCAGGAUGAAGAGGGUGCAGGAGUACGCAGUGGACGUGACUCUGGACGUCAACACCGCUCAUCCCAGACUGAUUCUGUCAGAGGACAUGAAGAGUGUGAGGUGUGGAGAUCGACACCAGCCGCUUCCAGACAAUCCAGAGAGGUUUGACAGAGUGGUCUGUGUCGUGGGGAGGGAGGCCAUCUCCUCUGGGAGACACUACUGGGAGGUGGAGGUGGGUGGGAAGACGGACUGGGAUCUGGGCGUGGCCCGACAAUCAAUCAACAGGAAGGGGAAGAUCGAAGUUACCCCGAGCAACGGAUACUGGUUCCUCAGCCUGAGAGACAAGAACAAAUACGCUUUCCGCACCGAACCCUCCACAGACGUGUAUCUGACCCUGCGACCUCAAAGGAUCGGGAUAUUUGUGGACUUUGAGAAAGGACAGGUGUCUUUCUACAACGUUGAUGCGAAAAUCCACAUCUACACUUUCAACGACACGUUCAGUGAGUGCAUCUUCCCGUUCUUCAGCCCCUGCACCAAUAAAUCUGGGAAGAACGACGGGCCGCUGAUUAUAACACCAGUAACAUGACAGAGAGGCAGAACCACACGGGUCUUCUUCUUUUAAAUAUAGUCAUCGCCGGCCUCCUAAACGUUGUGUUGGCUGUGAAGUUUAAUACACACACAAAGGAUAAUAAAGAGCAUUGUAUGU